GUAGACCGCCAGAAACCGUGCAAACGUCGUCUACACCUUGUGCUUAUGGCGAUCUCGGAACCAUUGCCCGAAUUUUCGGUUCUGUGCUCCCCGUGCCUCUAUGAUCCUCGUUCUUCUUCUUCUUCUUCUGUGUGCUACCGUUCGUUGCGAUAGAGAUGCUGGUUUUCUGUGUUUCGGAUGGUGGUGUACUUUUUUUCGAGUCUUGUUUGGUUUUUGCUUGUUGAUUGGAAGGAUGUGAUAGGUUGGAUAUGAUGACACCUCGACCGAAUGACCAUCCCUAGUUCCCAGUCGUUCUCUUCGUCGCCUGAAGAUGACGCGACGAAAAUCCUAAUGCAAUAUGCGCGACCUUGGUCCGAGAAAAGAGCCCGAUCCUCUGCGACCGGGGCGACACUUCGACGUCGAUCUCCAGCUCAGAUAUCUGUCACCUGGUGCUUUCACGGUGCUUCCUCCAGAGGAUACCCCACCUCCAGAUCCGCCACAAGCUCCAGUUCCUUACAGACUAACUCCCACCACCAGAAGAAACAGGAACCAGUCCUUCUCAAUAAUCGCAGAACCAACCAGCAAAGUACCUUCCAGGACCACCUCACCUACAGGCCGUAUAAGUCCCUUCAGAGGACGAGGCUUCAACCCCACAGGUUCUCGUCAUGUCUCUCCUGCUCCCUCUCCACCACCGGAAACGGUGGACAAGGCUGCCAAACCCCCGAAAACCCCCACCAAGAAAUCCAAGAUCCCUCAGAUCAAGAGAAGAAACAGUUCCGGUCUGUUUGGGGAGAAAGUGUCGAACCCUGAGGAUACCCCUGAUUCGACGCCGACCAAAGGUAGCCUGGGGACGAAGCUGAGCAAAAGCAUGUCCAACAUUUCGCCCGGUAAGGUGUCCAAGAGGCCGCCGCCAAGUCCUAGUAGAGGAUACGCAGCCAAGUCGGCUUUUCGACAGCUUUCGCCAAUCCUAGGUAGCUCACCAGAACCAAGCCAAUCACAGUCUUCCCCCACCCGAAUACCCAGCAGGAGUCGCAGCCAACCGCAGAGCAGGCUGUCCUCGCCCUCAAGACUACUCGCCCUAACUUCCAAAACAGCCUCCAACGUCAACUCCAGGAACCCUUCGAGAUCCACCUCCAGAGUCCAGUCCAGGAGUACCAGUCGAGAACCCAGUCCGUCUGUUAGGCCUUCACCCUCUUCUAGCAAACCUUCGACGAAGUAUAAAAACGUCCAGUCCAAAGUUAAUAGUUUUAGUAAACCCAAAGUGCCUCCAAAACCUCAAUUGACCAGUGAUUCCGAACUUUCGGACAAACCAGUGACAGUGAUCCCUAGGUAUAAGAAGAAGACCACGACAACUAACGCGAGGAACGGUGUGAAUAAAAUUGGUGCUACUUCAACUGUGAAAAGUCGGUUGAAUACUAAUAGAAACAAUAACGACGAUAAAAGUGAUCAUAGUAAACCUUCUAGCAGCAACAUUAACAAAACUAGUGGAGAUACCAAGAAGGAGAAUGUAGUGACAAACGAGUUUUACACUUCUGAAACUGACAUGACAGACAACGACACAAAAACUCCUUCAAAAUCAACUAAAGAAACCAAAACAACCAAUGGUACCCCUUCAACGAGAACCAAGAAAGCAGACAACACUCCUUCUUCCAUUUUUCCUGGAGAAGUCGACAUCCUAGAAAUAAACGACGCUUCUAUGAGACUUUUCGACGAGCUGAGCAACUCAACAGCUACUAUAGUCCCAGUGACCGCUGCCACGGUUACAAAACCCUUGAAGAUUGAUGCCAGUGCUGAUAUGAAAAUGGAAGCGUCCAAAAAGAUAUCUCCAAUGGUAGAUGGCAGGAUUUUGAGCGCAACAAGCGUAUCGCAUGCUAUUAACAGGAUGAACGAUACAGUUUUGGACACCAAAACCUUGAUGAGGGAAAGCGGGCUUUCGAAACUUUCACCAGCAGCCAACGCCAUCAUCUCGAUGUCAAGAGAGAACCACACCAGAAGCAGCCAGAAUAGCGAUUCAGAAAUGGAGAAUAAACCUGACCAAACGAAGAUGAAGGAUGGUAAAGUUGAGAAGACUAACACUUCUGCAGAUUCCAACAAAAAGACCCCAACGCAGAACAACCACUCGGGACAUAGAGAAAGCCCAAAGGAAGAGGUAAAAUUCGGUAAUCACGUCACAAGUACUGGUCUGAUGGAUGAUAAGAACAUGGAGGUGCAAGUGCAGAAUAGCAUGAGCAAGCUGAUAGCUUCGGAAAAACCAAUAGGCGAUACCAUGCUGAAGAUGGCGAAUAAGAAGGUUGUGGAGGCGACAAAUGUUAUUUCUUCAGAUGUUAGACCUAUACAGAUUUUGGUGAAGGAGAGACCUAGCGAUGAGGAUGUUGAGAGUGGAAACGUGAGAGUACCGUACAGUGCUACCAAUGGUUCUAUACAUGGACGACCAAGUUUACCACCAGAUCUACAAACAAACCACAACGACGUAGGUCCAAAACACCAGGAACCACCAGAAGAAGAUAAAAAACCAGAUAGAAAAGCUGCGAAAUUCUUUUCGUCAGCUAAAGAUAAUCUACUUUGUAAAUCAUGCACCAAAAAGAACGAGGAAGGUUCUAUCAAUGCAACGCCAACUGCUUUCCAAGAAACGGAGGAGAAGAAAAAUGGAUGCUUCGGCUGUUUGAAGAAGAAGCAGAAGCAUAUUGGGCAGUCUAUAAGAAUCAGCGUUCAAGACGAUGAAGAAGAAGUGAAGCGGUCCUGUUGGGACAAGAUGAAAUGUUGUGGAAAGAAAGAUGCUGUUGGACAACAAGGAUGUCUUCCGUUUGGACAACAGAAAAGAGCUUGGGAAGAGAGGAGGGACAGUAUUCUCAGUGAUCUACCACCAAGGCGGAGCUUCUCCGAGAGAUUCAAGAGUUUCAUGAGGAGACUAUUCUGUCUGCAUCUUUGCAAGAAGAAGAGGAAGCUAACUGACCUUUCAGUCAGUAGGAGGCAAUCUACGCUGAGUAAAAAGAAAAGUUUGACUCCUACCACCACACAACAGCCCAUAGAGGACCAAACACCUAAGCUGGAAUUGUCGCUAGUCGAGCAUUCUUCACACAUGAAAGCUGCUAUUCCCGUCUUACCAAUUUCCCUAGCUUGGUUUUGCUUGAUCAUGAACUGCCUUCUUCCUGGUACUGGUACCGUUUUCAGCGGUAUGUUCUGCCUCUGUUUCGGCAUUCCCAGGUUCUCGCAGAAAGAUAGCGUACGAUCCCGUAUUGGUGCCUUCAUUAUAGAUUGUAUAGUUGGCUUUAGCCAGUGCUUCACGAUCCUCUUCUGCCUAGUUGGCUGGGGCUGGUCUAUUUGGUGGGGGGUGAUCAUGGUGAAAUUAGCGCGAAAGUACAAAAAAUUGAAACUUUUGGCCGCCGCCGAAGAAGAAGAUACCAAAAGGUCUUCGAUGAAGAGCCAACGUACCCAUUUUAAAGACCCAGAGAGGGGUUCGUAAUUUUUUCCAAGUUUUUCAACUAUUACAUAUUUUUAUACGGAACACAAGAGUAAUUUUGAACUAGGAGAUAAUAUUAAAUAAUUUGUUAUUGUUGAUCGUAUUGGUAACACUUGGAUGAGCAACAGAAAAUAGAAUGGAAAAUAUCAAAAUAAAAAUUCAGCUUUCUAUCUCUCUUUUUAGAGAAUCAAUUUUUUAAUUCAAAUUCAUUGAAUUAUAUUCUACUGUGACGCAGAUAUCUUUUCUAGACUUUGCUCAUUCGAACGUGUUAUGAAUAUUUGAAAAAACAAAUGUAAAUAUUUUGAUUCCUCCUCAGAGGAAAUAUUGGGAGAGCUUAAGCUCCAUUUUUGUACAUAGAUGUAUGUUAAAAGAUUUGGAAUAACUUUUUUAUCGAGCAGAAUAGAAUCACUAAACCAAUAAGAGUAGGGUAACUAUAGGUUGAAAAAUUCCGAAAACUAACUGCACUAAAAGAAUCUAAUUGUAGGAUAAAAUUUUUACAGAAGAACCAAUCAGUUUUUAUAGGAUCAACCAGGUUGAAACAGAAAUUGGACACAUUUUUUUCUAAGAAGCUAUGUAAAGAUUUAUAUUUUAUCUUGAUUAUAAUGAGUGUUCAAGAGUGCCGUGGAGAAAUCAGAGUUGAUUUUCUGUGACUAAAGUAGCGCUUGGCUUGUACCAUAACACUCACAUUUGUUUACAUACUUCAAAUUUGGGAACUAAAUAUGGUACAAGCUUAGCGCUACUUUCAAUCACAGAAAAUCAACUCAAAUUUUCACACAGCAAUCUUGACCACGAAUUUGAACGAACACUCGUUAGUUUCAAAAAUAUGAAAAAUUAGUAACUGACUCAUUUCGAGUAUAUGAUAACCAUAAUACGGUAUCAAGUUCCAGAAAUUCCAGUUAUUCUUGAAUUCCACAAAAAUCACCGAUUUUCUUACAGCUGUUUUUGAGGUUCAAUAAAAUACAAUGUAUUCGUAAAGUAGCGGGUAUAUUUGAAACGAAUUGAAGCAAAUUUUUUUUUGUGUUCAUUUUUGACGUGAGAAUAAAGAUAGAGGGUAUCUAGAGACACAUAUUUUCGACAAUGAUCACAUAUCUCUUUUCUAUGAUACUCUGUAUGUUUCUUCCCCAAGUUAAAUCAAAUAUAAAUUGAUUUCCCUGGAAAUUAUUCCAUAUACAUUUCAUUUGUAAUUUUUUUUUAUCUAUUUCAUCAAUCACUUUACGGAUUCAUUGCAUAUAGAGUAUGAUUGUUAUAAGAUUUUCUAUGAAAUAUAACUAGAAAUAAGCAUAGAGACUGAUUUAAGAGAUUAUAAUAAUAUAUACCUGAGUUUUAAGUUUUAUAUUUUAAUAGAUUGAAAAUAAAAUAUUAUUAGUUGAGAAUAUAAUUAGGAAUGUACAAUCAGAUAUACAGGGUGGGGACUUGAACAAAUCAGCACCAAGAGCCCUUUUAUUUCUAUUUGGAUCUGGAAUGGGAGGAUACACAUGAAAAUUGAGAAGUUGAGUAACACUUGUAAGUCACAAUGAAGAUUUGGAUCUGAUUUUCAAUUAUUCUUUUCCAAAUUCAAUUCACGAAUAUCGAAGUACAUUUGUAGGGUUCAUGUGGUUGAGAAAUUUUGAAAAUUACUAGUUGUGUUUGUUGGAUACCCACCUUGUAAUUCUGAGUUUCAAAAUUUGUAUUUACCUCUCAAAAUCUUUAGAUUUUGAAGUGGAGCAUAAAAAGAUUUGGAAAAUUGGAAAAAUUUCAAAUGGAACAAGCGUUCAUUUUCAUAACUUCACCAUGUAUAUAGUAGGUGACAAAAGAUACAAAAAUGUUGAUUAGUUUGUAAUUUUUGACGCAGAAAAAACCUUGUGAAGUAUAAGGCGAUAUCAAAGUAUUUAAACGGUAUUUCAGUAUUGUCAGAAGGAAUAGAAAAGGUACAGAUAUUUUUUUAUAUGAUAUGUAUGCACACAUCAGCUAUUUUGAUUCGAGCAGUUUAAAUACAUUGAUAUUUUUUUUGAAUAAAUGAAAUAUCAAGAGAAUGAUU